AUGAGAAUAGAUUCGACAGGUGCUCAACCAACAAUACUUUCUUGUGCUGAGGUCAACUUCACAUCGAUUAGUCUUACCAGUGGUAAAUAUCUUCAACAAUAUUAUACGGAGAAAUCACAUCUUAUAAAUGCUAUGUUAAAAUGUUCUGGUAACGAUUAUUAUGUCUUGGAGUCUCAAUCCGAACUAUAUCCUGGUCAAUACAAUAUUUCUAUUCUCAAUGAUGAAGUAUCGUUUUAUCAAACAAUAACAAACAAAUUUCUUCAUUUAGAUAAGGUUAUUUUGAUAAACUUUGAGAUGGCUACACAGUCACAAAAUUCAUUCACAAUGGCAUCAUCUUCAUCUCUAUUUAAACCGAUUAAUAACUUUAAUGCUAGUCCAAAGAAAUUGAACCCUCUUAUGUCAACCAUCAAUAACCAUAGUAUCAAUGUUAUGAAUAACAAAAAUAAUUAUAAUAAUAAUAAUAAUAAUACAGUUCAAAACAACAACUAUAAUAAUAACAAUAAUAGCAAUAACAAUGAUGUAAUCGACUUUCAACAGAGAAUAAUGAUACCUAUCAAUUUAGAGUUUAAAUUAAUCAAUGAAACAGAGUUCUCUUGUAUCGAUCCAAAGAAUGAAGCAAUCAAGAGGAUAUUCUUACAGAUAGAAGGAGCAAAACAAUUUGAUGAGAAUUGGUGGGUAAUACCGGUGUUACAACAUAAUAAAUUUUGUGAGAUGCUAAUGAGGACUGGGGGUGUAAAAGUUAAACCAUUGCCUCGACAUAUAUUAUUGGCAUUCUCACAACCACCGAAACUAGUACAACCCGACUACUCAAGACUGCCAGCCAAUCUAUUGAAUACACUGUUACCCUUCCAACGAAAGGGUAUCGAGUUUGGAAUAUCAAGAGAUGGAAACUUAAAGGAAGAUACUUUGAAAGUCAAUAGCUUCAUCGAUAAUAUAGUUAGAGGUACAUUCGAUAUCGUGGUCAAAGAUUAUGAUCCAAACACACCAGAUGAUUUUCAAUUGGUUGUUUGGCUUAAGAUUAAUCAGAUGACCAAUGAACAAAAGAUAUUCGAAGUAAAGUUACUGUUUAUCGAUAAAGAAAUAACAAGACUAAAGGUAAAUGUGCCAUUCAUUGCACCGCUCACCGAUGACAAUAUCAUACGUUUAGUUGUCAAGAGUGAUAAACUAUUCAUUAAAUACGAUAUUUAUUUAUAUCGAGACCAAGUCGAUGGUUUGCUAAAGAUUGAAUCGUAUUGUUCUAAAUUGGCGAGAUUACAAUCCAAGGUCGGUUUUGGAGCUUACAUAUACCGAAAUGAUAUUGAAUCGGACUAUAGUCGUUGGAUUGCCCUUGAUAGCUAUUCAAUAGAGAGUCACAUUCAAAGAUACAAUAGUCAUAGUUGUAGCUAUGGUGAAAACAAUAUGAUUUCUCAUAGUUUCGCUUCAGGAGAAAAGUCUUACAUACCAAGUUUAGAAGAUUUUGCAGAGGUUAUAUGUCACUUAGCUUUGAAGAUGAAUGGCGUUAGCGUUGGUGUAUCAUAUCUCGACCAGAAUGGUGAUCGCAAAGAAAUCAAUGUGCUUGGUAAUGAAAUUGGUGAUUUCGAUACACAUCAAAUGUUGGAUAUUCUCAAAUUAGGAUUUGAACAUUGGUUCGAUUUGGUUAAUCAUGAUGAUGAUUCAUCAUUAGAAGUGUCUAGACUGAAUUAUGUUUUAGAUACUCGUCAGUUUACAGUCAACAGUAGUCAUAGUUCCAACGCAUUCAAUGCGAUACCGAUUUCUUUAUCUUUUCAACAUAUAAUCGAUAAAUAUCUUUUGGAAGAAAUGGAGCUAUGGUUCAAAAAAAAGAAAGAUCAACUAUAA